AUGCUCCGAGAUAUUUCUCGGGACCCUAACCGAAGCAAUCCAAUUCCUUAUAUCAAUCGAGACCAACCUAACGUGUCGGUAUGUCUCCCUACGUCAACUUUCAAUAUUGAAAAGGAGAAGAAAAAAUCAACAAUUAUGUCUGGAAAACUAGUUCCUCUUACCAUCGUCAAGGGCGCCGGCCACGAGUUCAUUCCCCUGCCUCAGGGCGAGAACGCAACCGUUGCCGACUUUCAUUCCAUCCGAACUCAGACCACCGAAUCCCCUUCCCAUCUGACCUCGGGGUUCUAUAAAAUAGUCGCCGGUCCCUCUCGGCCAGCACACUACACCUUUGAGGAGACGAAGUAUAUCCUCAGUGGUCAAAUAGACAUCUUGGAUGAGGCAACUGGAGUUACACACCACUUGGUACCUGGUGAUUUUGCCUUUUUCUACGUUGGCUCCAAAGUCCAGUUUUCAACCAAGUCUGAGGGAUUGGCUUUCUACGCCGUUACUCGGCCCGUAAGGGUCGCACACCCCAACCUCCAAGGACGGGAGGAGGAUGUCAAGUCCAGACUAUAA